CUUUGAAUUUUUUUUUCAGGAUUUUCUAUUUUCUUUAACAAAGUCCUGAUGGAAAGAGCAUCUUGUUAGGAUUUACCUCCUGCAGCAAGAUGUCCUUCAUAUUAAGCCUGCGGAAAUCACCUAGAUAGCGAUAAACCUAAAAAGAAUUACAAGAACAACUGUGUUCAGCCUUCCUGAGCUGAUGGCCUUCUUCAGACAACUGAAACUUCUUCUCUGGAAGAAUGGACUGGGCGUCAUCAGACAGCCGUUAUGGUCCAUUACCCUGAUUACCUGGCCUUUGAUCAUCUUCAUCCUCAUAGCUGUGACUCGUCACCAUUUUGCACCAGUUGUAAAAGAUACAUGCUAUGUUGGACCCCGGAACCUACCGAGCACAGGCUUCUUCCCUUUCCUGCAAACCCUCCUCUGCAACACAGACAGCAAAUGUCACAACACAUCUCGCUUGGCACACUCUGAGGCAUCAAAGUCAUCAAGGGAACGGAGGUCUGCCAAUUUACCAAAGACAUCUCCAUUGGCAAGUCUGAUGCAAGGAAAGAACUUCUUCAGCCAGGCUUUCCCUGAUGACCCUAAAAAUGAUCCUGCAGAAUUGGUUAAGCUCCUGGAAAACAUUGUUGGCUCAUCUACCAGAGCAAAAUAUCAAAAUGUUCAUCUCAUGAAUGCCCUUAACACCUCCUUCCAUGAUCAGGAGGCCAUAAACACAAUCAUGGAGUCAGUGAACGUUUUCAAGAAAGCUAUCUGCACUGUUGCAUUUCCUUUGAUAAACCAGACCUCACCCAACACAAUCAGCAAUGCUAUGGUAACUUUCUGUAAUUCCAACACCACUGCAUUAGAAGCCUCACUUCAAACAAUGAAUAAGAUAUUUGAAGAUCUGCUGCUGACCAGUCCAGAGGAGAUGAUGACAAUGGGGGGAGAGAUAGUUGUGCUCUUUGAUCAGCUUCAAAAUGAAACGUCACUGUGGGACACUCUUCUAGCUUUUCCCGAAGUCUUCACUUCAGAUUCUUUUGAUGACAUGCUGAACAACACAAAAACCUUGCUCUCAAACAUGCAGCGCCUUUUGCGUUUCUUCCAAACCAUGUCCCCUGACACUGCUGACUUACUCUAUCAAGUGCAUGCAGUGAUUGACAACACCAUUGAUGUGAUCCACUAUGUCCAGAACUGGCCUGGAAAAGGUGUUUCGAUAACCCUUGGAGACAUUGUCACGUUAAGGAAUAACUCAGUCAGUGACAUUGUCAAACAAAUUUUACGGGAGGUUGACAUACCUCUGCACCAGGCUGUAGCGCUGAUGUGGGACAAAGAUAUGGUGAACUCCUACUUGUGUGACAGCAGCAACAACACAAUAUGGCUAACAGCAGCAUGCAGCACAGGCACUGUGGACAUGCUCCUGAGCUGGAUUUGUCCUGAAAAGCUGGCAAUGGAGGUCUUCCUGGCAUGGACUAAGCAUGUGGCAGCAGAUGAUGUGUCCUUUGUGAGAGACCUGGUGCAAAGUCUUAUGGGGGUUGCAUCCUCAGGAAAACAGGAUCCCCACAGGUCCAAGCGCAGCAUGGAUGCAGAGCCACAAAGCGACGAGGAAGAACUGUUUUUGGGUGUCACUCAAGCACUGCUAGAGAUCACCAAAAUUGAUCCUGAGCUGGACAUGGUUGUUCACAGAGCUCUCAAAACCAGUUUCCAGUCCAUGAAGGCAACAAGGGUGGCUUUGGUCACUGUACAAAAGGUGAUCGGCAAUGUCAUGGAAGACACACGUAAUCUCCAAAUGAUCUAUCACAUGUUGAUGACGAACCAGUCUGCGGCAGCGGCUUGGUUCAGCCGGGUAGCACUCAGUGUGGUGGAAGUUAUUCAAAAGGCUGUGGAGCAUGAAGAAUGUGAGGAAGUGUUUGAGAGCUUUGAGUGGCUGCUGCCCUCUGAGACAGCAAACAUGAAUGUGUGGAGAUCCAUGUUCUGCCAAAAUAUCUCUGCAUUGAAUACAUCUUUGCUGAUGGACUGGAAUCCUGUAGUACAAAAGACAGAAGAAGUGUACUUGGUCCUCACAGGCCAGUCAGACUUUAACCUGACACUUUCCAUGAUGCUCUCGGAGUGGAACGAGUUGUACAAUGCCAGCAUGCAAUUUGGAGAAUUUAUGGACAGACUAAUAUCCCAGUUUGGUCAAGAGGGAUGGAUGAACUGGUUCCCUAACCAAUACCCACAUGACAUUACGAAAACUCUUCAACAAAGUCUCUUCAUGUCAAUGGCAAACUUGGGAGAAGAGCUUGAGAAAAGCGAUGUGUGGCCAGAGGUGAAGGAUUACUUCCACAGCAUUUACUGGAUUUUGAACUACAGACCUGGUGUUGAAAAAGAGCCUCCAAAUUGUUUCGUUGAUGCCCAUUCACUGAUGUUUCAAUGUGACACUGGUCUGCAGUGGCCAAAGUUUGUCAAAGCAAUAACAGAUGCUGUGAUGUCACCAAAUGAAAACAUCAUAGUGAAUGCUCUGAAAGGAACAGUGAACCUGCUGCAGCAUGUGUAUGGGGAUAUGUACAAAAAUCUGACAGCCACCUAUUUAAAGGAAGAGAUUGAAGGAGGGGAUGCUCUUUCUGCCUACCUGACCAAGUUAAUUCUGAACUUGGAUGGUUUUCUCCAAAAACUUACUGUUCUGCCUGAUCGAAACAUCUCAGACCCUGCCGUCAUAGGACCCCUCAUCAUUGAGCUGUUAGAGUCUGCCGGUCUUAAGCCACUCCAGCCUCUGCUCUUUAAUAGCAGUUCGGUUAAUGCCUCCACAGUGCUGGAUGCUGUCUUACAGAUAAUUAGGCUCAAUCAACAAAUAUUUACAUUUGGAGAGACAGACACUUCAAUGAAAGGACUGGAGCAGUUGAUUAUGCAGUUCCUAUCUAUGGAGGGCAAUCUGACACUUUCUUUCUCCAACAUUCUGGGACAGAGCCUGCUAGCAUACUCAGCCUCCAUCAACCCCAAGAACGUGUCCUUUAUCACGGAGGUACUUCAUCAGUUCACCAAUCAGACCUUUGAUGAAGCCAUCCUUGAUGUUGUGGAGCUUCUGAAAACACUAAGUGAUUCUCCUAAUGACCUCAGCAAUGUCCUUCUUGGGUACCUUCUCCAGCUUAGAAAUGUUGUAACUUCUCUAAUCAGGCUGCAGAGAAUUGAGUAUGUUCUGUCAUCCAAUGGUCAACUAACUGCUGCUCAAGUCACUCACCUGCAGACGGUAUCAAUUAACUUUCUUAACCUCCUUGACCCUGAGAACCCCCAGGGUCUAACUCAGGUUGGACCAGAUGUGGCUCAGGAGCUCAUCAUCCAGAAGUUGCUGGCCUUCCUACCACCCAAUGUCCAGAAGAAUGCUACUGACUUUCUGCAGAAUUUUAAAGCUCUCCAGGAUCAGUUUACCAAAUGUGAAGAAGGCGAGAACUGUCUGCAAGGCAUAUCAGAAAUCCCUACCUUGUUGAACCAGAUAAUAGAGGUCCUUCUAACUGCCAGUGGAGAUGUCACUAUCUCAAUAUCGCCAAACAGCACUGUCCCCUUGCACCUUGAGCAGAAGGAACUUACAACAUUAAUGUUCUCCCUCAUGUUGUCACCAAAUGAUGCAGCCCAUGUAGAAACAUUUAAGCAAACCCUCAAUUUCAUCAAACACAUCAUAGAGAUGGAAAACAUCACCACAGCUAGUGUCCAGAAUGCUCUAAUGCAGUCAAACCUAACCAGGAAUGAUCUGUUUGAAAUUGCAGCACUUCUUGGAGCUUCCAGCCUGGAUGAUUUCAUUGCAAAGAUCUUCAACAUUUACACUGAAAUCAACAAAAACUGUUCUGGUCCUCAGAGUAACCUGACAUCAAACUGUUUUGUAAGCAUAGUGAAUGGUGCCACAAGCUUUCUGACAAACAUACCAGCCCUCAGAAAUGAAACCACACUCCUCUCUUUCAUCCCAGUUAUUGUCAGUGAAACUCUGAGUGAUUUCAACCAAGUGGACCUCAGCUCUGAUCCUGACAUGGCUGUUGUGCAAACUUUAGAAGCCAUUUUGACUAAUAUCAAGUGGAUACUCCAGAUGAACCAACAAAACAGUUCAGACAUCAUGAACGAAAUCACAAUGGUGGACCAUCUGAUAGAGCUGGUCACUGACAGAAAACCAUUUAACAGCUUGAAUAAUACCAUGAGGGACCCACUUUAUGCACAGAAACUCCUCCUUGAGCUUGUGGAUUGGUAUAUUGCAAGGGUUGAAAUGAUCACCAGUAACAGUUCAGUUUCUGAGUACCUUCAUGACUUUUUCUACUUCACCAAGAUUCAGGUGGCAACCCAACUGGCUCAGAUUGAAUUCACCAUGUAUGUGAAUGAGAAAACUCUGUUCUUAGUGAACAGCCUCGAGUACCCAUUGAAUGGCGGAGACAUACGUCUAAUUGGAAAAACAACAAUCGAUAUCAUUCGACAUCUAUUGGUCUUCAUGAACACAACGGUACAGCUUCAGGAUAACAUUCCCGGUUCGGAACAGCUGGAGCCCAUUGGUGCCCAAAUCAGGCUCUACCUUGACCUCAUUGAGAAAUGGAUGGAGCAGCCAAACAUUCCAGAGCUCCUCACUAGUAUGCUCCAGUGGGGAAACUCCUCUAUGUCAACCCCUGUGAGAGAUCUGAAUUUCUUGCUGCAGACAAUGUCUCAUUUGCUCAACCACAAUCAGAAAGAAUUCCUCUGGAUUAUGACCAACUUGACAGAGUCUCUCAACAAUGCCUUAACAGUGGCAGAGCAACCAGGUGGCUUACAGAGUGAUGGCUUCAUGUCUGAAAUCUUAACGGCUCUCAACACAGUCAUGCAGAUCCAGGGCCCAAUCGGAGGUCCCCUUCCAUCCAGUGUGCAGCAGGAUAUUCUGGAAAUUGUGAAUGGUUCCCUGACUCUCAUUGUUAACCAAAACAUGAGUUUUGCAUCAUCACUGAACAUUUCCCUACUGAUCCUAGAGAAAACUGAAAACAUUAUACAACAAACAGUGCUGCAAAACUAUUCAGAAUACCUGCUGCCAAUAGUUAAACUAGUCACUACAUACUUUGAGAGCAUAUCUACAAGCAGCGGGCAAGAUCAGUGGAAUCAAUUAAUUUUGGAUGAAAUGAAGACAAUCCAGAGCAUCCUGCCGCCAAACAGCACAGCACAAUACUAUGUUCAUGUUCUCACCAAGAUCACUGAGUUCAUCUUAUACCCUAACCACGGCAACAUGAGUCUUUGGGAACGUUUUGAGGGUCUAUCAAUGGAAACCUUACCAGAAGCUUUUGGCCAGUUUACCAAACUUGUGGGGAUGUUUGUGCAACUUGUAACAGAGGGCCCACCUGCUUCAUCUUUUGACAAUUUGAGUCAUAUUGUGCCUGUUUUGGAACAGGUGAUGACUGGGAAUGCAGACCAACACACAUGGGUCAAACUUGAGCAGAUGCUGAAAACCCUACUUGGUGCCUUUGAAGGACAGGAAACUUGGAACAACUUCUCAUCCGUCAUGCCUCUUUUGGAAAAACUCACAGAAAAUGUGGUGAAGAUCAUGCGAGCAAACAGCGAGAUGCUACAAAGCCUUCAGGUCCCUCUGGUGGCCCUGAUGAGAGACAUUGUAGUGUCUGCGAACAGCAGCCAUCUGAACAUCUCUGAGCUCACAAUGAAAAUGCAGCUUGCAGUUGAAGGGACACUUCAAGCUGCCCAGCAGGCAAAUGGCACUUUGAACUGCAGCGAGGCUCUAAAAGCAUGGCAGCCUGUUGGAGAAGCAGCAGGGGUUAAACUUUCCACAGUUGUUGCGUGGUGUGACUCCAGCCUGCAGCCUGUUUUGGAAGCCUAUGCAGCAUCACAGGCUGAGCUGUCCCACCUGAACAUGAGUCACAUGAGCAUGGAACCAAUAAGUGUGAGCUCCGCAGCUGGCAGGAUGGUCAAAAUAUUGCAGUCUCUCUAUCACGUCAGCAUUAACCACACACAUGUGAUAGAGCAGUUCAUCAUGACUCUCUCCAGUGAGCUCCCCCAGCUGACAGGCCUGCAUUUGAGCUACGAGGGACAAAAUUACUGGAACAAGCAGCUCCAGGACAUGCAGUUGCAGAGCAGUUUGGCCGAAUUUAAAGAACUUUCAGAUGAACUGCUUGAUGUAGCUCCUUUCCUCCAGCCCCACGUUGAAGCUGCAUUCAUAGCAAUGAGCCACAUUCUGGACAACUACCACCUUAAUGAAAGCAGCAGCUCAUCCCAUGAGCUCAUCCAAGAAGCAGCAAUGAUCUUCUUAGCCUCUGCAAACAUCACUUUGAAGGACAUCUACCCUAUGAUGUCAGGAAAUGCUUCUGGAGUCGAUUUGGCUCUUCUUGCUGAUACGAUGGAAGAGAUAAUUAAACAGAUCAUGGAAACAAGGGCUUUUGGACAUUCACCUAUGAUUUACCAGGCCAUGGAGCACUUCCUUGCAACGAACAGCUCUUACUUAAUGAUAGAGCGUGUAUCUGAGAUGUUCAUGUGGUUGGUCUCAACUGAAGCCUCUCAGCUGGAACUGCUAAGUCAGACUCUUUCCAAGAUGUAUGAAAUCAUCCGAAUUCCUUUAUCUAUUCUGACCAAAGUGAGUGUGGACAUGGAUAUGGAAGUCUACGAGGAGCUAUUCGCAAACAUCUUUGCAGCUUUUAACCACAUUGUUGCCAGUGGUCUUCUGCCCCCAAGUUCCCAAUAUCACCACGAGUCUGGCGGACACCAUCUAAUGAAUACCCGGCGAAAACGCGACCUGUCGCAGAUGAUGAAGAGGGACCCCAUGUCUGACAUCAUUGAUAUGUUCUACAUCGACUACCCAAGCAUGUUUAGAGCGCUUUCUGUAGCCCCAACAACAGCAGAAGUCACAGAGACAGCCCAUGUGUUCUUUUCAAAUCCUGAUCUGAAUGUUGUGAUGAAAGGAACAACGAGUGGCAUGCCAUGGGGCUUUAAUGCCUCACGGGAAGAAACUAUUGAUGCCACCCUUGGAAUGUUCUCCUUCUUCACUCAUCCACAAGUGUUUGAGACGCCAUCAUUGGAUAUCCUGAAAAAUGCAGCAGAGAUCCUUCCAGAGGGUUUGCCGUUUGCCUCAGAGAUAAAAUCUAUUAGCAGGACCCUGGCAAACGAAUCUCCAGAAAACCUGAGACUCAUGCAGGAAGCCGUCCAAACAGCAACCGAGCUCUUUUAUAUCAGCCCAAGUGACCCCAGGUUCACAGAUCAACUAAGCCAACUGAGAUCUGAGGUGUGUGUGUUGGAAAAGACUGAUUCACUGGCCCUUCUCCUGCAUUCACUCUCCAUGAAACCAGGGGAUCUCUGCCAUAAAGUUUUGCCAAGCUUGCAGGUCUUGGCUGAUACCAACAUAACCUCUCUGUCAGAAAUCCUCUUCCAGGCCCUUGUGGGAGAUCCCAGAAGUUACAACCUCCAGUCAGACUGGUCAACUGUGUUGACUGAAGCACUUGGCUUAAACAUCAGUGGUCUGAGUGUGCUCAACGUUUCAUCUCCAGUGGUUACAUUCGGGGAGAUGCUGAGGAAUAAGGAAGCUUUCAUUCAGGCCGUCCAUGAACACAUGAAUGUGGAUCCUGAAGCACUUCUUGUCCUGAUGGAAACCCCUCUACCAAACAACACAGAGACCCUUUCUUGGCUGGUGAACCUGCGUUACUGUCACCCCUCUGAAUCAGUUAACACAUCAGAGGCGGCCGUUCUGGCGACCUUCUGCACUAUGACUGCUAAAGACUGGUACAAGUUUUCACUGCUGACGGCUGAACAUGUAAACACAGAGAAGCUUGUUUACAAGGCGAUGUUUUCUGAGGAACUCCAGGGCCUGGUUGGUGUCAUGGCUCAGGUAGCAAAGGUUGCAACCGAAAUGAUGACCAAGAUUGCUCCUGCAGUCAGGCAGUUGGAAAGCUACCUGCUCUCCGUCAAAGAUUUAAAUCUGGAAUCCAGCAGUGAAUUUACAGAAAUGGGAAGAGGAAUGAGACGCAGCAUGUCCACUAAAGCUACGUUUGUGACCCUUUCCCGUGCUCUCUGCAGUAACGGCAUCAUUGCUCUGUUUGGAAUCUCCAAAUUGCCUGAGCUGUCUGAAACAGGACCCUCUUUCCCUGACAACCAAAAGAAGGCUGAGAUGAUUGAGAGGUUCAAGAUCCCAAAGGAUGCCUCUCCCUUUUGCAUGAACAUGUACCUGGACAUGGUCAACACCACAGGAGGAGCCAUCGCCUGGGCCUUCCUGAAACCCAUGCUGAUGGGCCAGAUCCUUUUCACACCCGACACACCAGCCACCAGGGACAUAAUGAAAAAGGCCAAUGCAACCUUGCACGAGUUUGCAAAUCUUAAAAAAUCCUCGGAGGACUGGAUCGAAUCCUCAAAUUACAUCAUAAAGUCAGCCGAAUUACUCAGCUCCACUUUGCCAAUGCUGCAGAAUUCCCUCAGCAACUCCUUUGUGAAGAAUUUCAUUGAGAUGCAGACAGACAUAAAUGUCGACAGCAUAAAGGAGACGCUCAGCAGCUUCUCUAACAUUACAGAGAUGCUUCACAAGAACAAGGAAAUACUUGAUCAAAUCAGCACCUUGUCAAACCUGAUGGUGAAGCUCUCCUCUUGCAUCAAAUUUGACCGUUAUCGUGGUUUUGACUCCGCUGAAGAGCUCAACACUGUGGCGCAAGAGCUCGCCAAAAACCGUGAGCUCUAUGCAAGUGUCAUCUUUAAGACUGAAGAUGCAACUUCAUCCCAACUGCCUCCUAAAGUCAGCUAUACCAUCAGAAUGCACAUGGACAAUGUAAUGCGUACAGACAGGGUGCGAAACCCCUACUUUGUGAGGGACAACCACAUCUCGGCCACCCAUACCAUGCGCUACAACCGAGGGUUCGUCUACCUGCAGGAGAACAUCGACCGUGCAAUCAUUGAAACCCAGGCUGGGCAGAAAGUCACAGAGCCAGCAGUGCAGCUGCAGUCCUUCCCCUAUCCAUGCUAUUUGCGCGACGAGUAUCUGGAGGCCAUCUCUUUUGUCUUCCCUCUAUUGCUGAUGAUACCAUGGGUGUUGUUUGUGGCUGACUUUGUGAAAAAGCUGGUUCAGGAGAGAGAGCUGAGGCUACAUGAGUACAUGAAAAUGAUGGGUGUGAAUCCAGUCAGCCAUUUCUUUGCCUGGUUCCUGGAGUGCGCCUCCUUCCUGCUUGUGACCAUCAUCAUCCUAACGCUGGUGCUGAAGUGUGGAAACAUCCUGCCCAAAAGCGACGGCUUCCUCAUCUUCCUCUACAUCUGUGACUUUGGGCUGAGCAUCCUUUCCUUCUGCUACCUGAUCAGCUCCUUCUUCGACAAGACCUACAUCGCUGGCCUAAGCGGAAGCCUUAUCUACAUCCUCAGCUUCUUCCCUUUCAUCGUAGUCAUGUCCAUGGAGACUAAUCUAAACUUUUCCCAGAAGAGCGCUUUGAGUUUGUUUUCGCCGACCUGUUUCAGCUACGCCAGUCAAUACAUUUCCCGCUAUGAGGCCCAAGGAGAAGGAAUUCAGUGGAGCAACUCUUACAGCUCUCCCAUAGCUGGAGACACAGCAACAUUUGGCUGGCUGUGCUGGCUCCUGCUUAUUGACUCUAUUCUGUACUUCCUCAUCGGAGCGUACAUCAGAAUGGUCUUCCCAGGAAAAUAUGGCAUCCCAGCUCCAUGGUAUUUCCCCUUCCAGCUCUCCUUUUGGACCAACCUGUGCAGUAGCUUGCAGACCAACACCAAUACAGGCAAAGGACUCCUAUUCUCCAACAUCAUGCAGGACAACCAGCCUGUAUUUGCAGAUGGUAAAGGAAAAGGCAAAAACAGCCUUUCUUACCAGUCUGGGGAGGACUUCUCUGAUCUUCCAGUGGGAGUUUCACUUCAUGGUCUCACCAAGUUGUAUGAUGACCAGGCAGCUAUUCAAAACCUUAAUGUCAACUUCCAUGAGGGCCAUGUCACCUCACUGCUUGGUCACAACGGUGCUGGCAAGACAACUACCAUGUCCCUUCUGACUGGCCUAUAUCCCCCAACAUCGGGCUCUAUUGAGGUGUAUGGCAAAGACAUGCAGAGAAACAUGGAGAAAGUUCGCAGAGAGCUGGGGGUCUGCAUGCAAUAUGAUGUCCUCUUUGACUACAUGACUGUCAAGGAACACCUGCUGCUGUACGGCCAGAUCAAGGCUCCACACUGGUCACAAAGAGAGCUACGAGAACAAGUCCGCACCAUCCUGGGGGAGUCAGACAUGUACGCUCACCGACACAAGCGGGCUGACACCCUGUCAGGUGGCAUGAGGCGCAAGCUCUCAAUCUCCAUCGCCUUCAUCGGUGGCUCUCGCUUGGUGGUUCUGGAUGAGCCUACAACAGGAGUGGAUCCCUGCUCCAGACGCAGCAUAUGGGACAUCAUUAUUCAGCAUAAGAAGAACCGGACCAUUAUUAUGUCCACCCACCACCUGGACGAGGCUGAAGUGGUAAGUGACCGAAUCGCCUUCCUGGAGAGAGGUGGAUUGAAAUGCUGCGGAUCACCCUUCUACUUGAAAGACAAGCUGGGUCAAGGCUACAAACUCACCCUCACCAAGAAGAUCCAAAGCCCAGAGGCCGAGCGCGUUGAUGGUGCUGACCUGAAGGCCUUCAUCCAAGCUCAUCUUCCUGAAGCAAGACUAAAAGAAACCCAGCGGGGUGAUGUGGUCUACUCUCUGCCCCCCUUCACUUCUUCCAACGCCUCUUCAUAUCGCUCCCUCCUGACAGCACUUGAUGCAAACCUGGACGAUCUUCAGCUUGGAGGCUAUGGCGUGUCUGACACCACACUGGAAGAGGUGUUCCUCCAGCUGACUAACGGAGGUCCCGAAGGCGAGUACCAGCCCCUCUCUAUCUCUGAGACGGUUUCUGACACUUCUUCUAUCGACAGCAUCCCAUCAGACUCCAACGACAGCAGCUGCAACCUUGGUGACAAGAUCAAGCUUACCAGUUCAUCCACUCUGUCAGGCAUGGCCCUGGCAUGGCAGCAGCUAACAGCCAUGUUGAUAAAGAGGUUCCAUCACAGCCGGAGAGACUGGAAGGGUCUGAUCGCCCAGAUCCUGCUUCCUGUUCUCUUUGUAACAGUUGCUAUGGCCCUGGGCUCCAUCAAGAGCGACUUGCAGCAUUACCCUGAGAUGGAGCUGAGCCCUGCUCUCUACAACAUCGGACCGAGCUACUCUUUCUUCAGUAACCAGAAUCCCAGAUCAAGCCAUCUGGUGGACACCAUGAUGUCAUUCCCAGGGAUCGAUAACGCCUGCCUCGACAACUCUGAUAACCAGGUCUGCACAAGGAGCACAAACAACUGGAGCUCCAGAGGGAACAUCUCCAAACCAUUUAGUGUGUGUAAAUGCAACCAACAGGAACAGAUAUGCAAUAAGAACUCUCAGCCUCCCUACAAGAAGGCCCCCUCGUCUCAGAUCGUCUAUAAUCUGACUGGCUUUAAUGUGGAGAACUACCUGGUGGCUACAGCUAAUGACUUCAUCAGGAACAGGUAUGGCGGUUUUACUUUUGGCAUGCCACUCCCACCUGACUUACGAAUGGACCUUAAGACUGUUCCCAACAACCGCACACUGUCUAAGGUCUGGUUCAACCCUGAGGGGCACCACACAAUGCCGGCAUACUUAAACAGCCUCAACAAUUUGAUCCUGCGUUCCAAUAUUCCAGCAGACAAAGAUCCACAGAAAUAUGCAAUUUCAGUCUCCAGCCACCCCUACUUUGGCCGAAUGGAUGAUGAAGACACGAUCGUCGAGGGAAUGCUCCAGAUUUUGGUGGCCAUGUGUAUACUGACAGGAUUUUCAAUUACGACAGCCAGCUUUGCUAUCUACGAAGUCAGUGAGCACAGGAGUGGCUCCAAGAGGCUCCAGCACAUUGCCGGCAUCAGCGAGCCCUUCUACUGGGCUGUGAACUUUUUCUAUGACAUGGUCAUCUAUUUGAUCCCAGUGACUCUGACUAUUUGUGUGAUCGCUGCCUUCCAAAUUCCAGCUUUUACGGAUCGACAAAAUUUAGGUGCCAUCAGCCUACUUCUUGUGCUCUUUGGGUUCGCCACAUUCCCCUGGAUGUAUCUGUUAGCAGGGCUCUUUAAAGAUGUAGAAAAAGCCUUCAUCGCCUAUGUGUGCAUCAACCUCUUCCUCAGCAUCAAUACCAUCAUUUGCACCUCCAUUCUCUACUUUUUGGGACAAAUAUCAAGCCAGAAUUCUGAGGUCAUUCAUGAGAUACUGAAGAAGCUGAACCACGCAUUCCUCAUCUUCCCUCAGUUCAACUUUGGGAACGGACUAAUGGAGCUGGCCAGGACAAACAUCGAGGUCCAGAUUCUAAAUGGCUAUGGAAUCGAUGCCUACAAAAAUCCAUUCUCCACAGAGAGCUUGGGAUGGAUGUUCAUAUCUUCCUUCAUCCAAGGCGUUUUCUUCUUCACCCUGCGCCUCCUGCUCAACAGGCGUUUCGUACGCAAAGUCAGGCAUCUAAUCUUGGGAAGAAAGACCCUGCCUCAGGAUGCUCUAGAAGAAGAUGAUGAGGAUGUGGCGACAGAGCAUCUUCGAGUGGCCAGCGGAGCAGCCAGCUCCGACCUGCUGCAGAUCAACCAGCUCACUAAAAUCUAUCAACACCUCAAUAAGAAGGUGCCUGCUGUCAAGAGCUUGUCUGUGGGCAUCCCUGCUGGAGAGUGCUUUGGCCUCCUUGGGGUGAAUGGGGCAGGAAAAACAACCACCUUCAAGAUGCUGACUGGAGAUGUGAGCCCAACUGAUGGCUCUGCACAGAUCAGGGACAGCGAAGGGCGCUUGGUAGACAUCAUGGAGUGCCGUGACAAGGGAAUUAACAUUGGCUACUGUCCCCAAGUGGAUGCUCUUGACGAACUGCUCACUGGAGAAGAACAUUUGUACUUCUAUUCCCGCAUUCAUGGCAUCUCAAAGAGGGAGAUAGCUGGGGUGGUGAACUACCUUCUGAAGAGGCUGGAGCUGAAUUACCACAGAAACAUCAUUACUGACCAAUACAGCUGUGGAACCCGCAGAAAGCUCUCCACUGCUCUGGCUCUCAUCGGACAUCCACAAAUCCUGCUCCUGGAUGAGCCAAGCUCUGGCAUGGAUCCACGCACCAAGCGUCAUCUGUGGAAGAUAAUCACAGAAGAAGUGAGGGGCAAAUGCGCAGUUGUCCUCACCUCUCACAGCAUGGAGGAGUGUGAGGCGCUCUGCAGCCGCCUUGCCAUCAUGGUGAAAGGUCAGUUCCGAUGCCUGGGCUCCCUGCAGCACAUCAAGAACAGGUUUGGCAGCGGGUUCACAGUGAAGAUGUACUUGGCCGAGCCCUCAUGUGAUUCAGAGGAAAUCACUGCUUUCAUGCAGCGCAGAUUCCCCACCACAUACCUCAAGGACCAGCACUCUGCCAUGGUGGAAUACCACGUACCAAACGCUCCUGGAGGGGUUGCUGACAUCUUCAGCCAGCUCGAGUCCAACAAGCAUGCACUGAGAAUCAAACACUUCGCUGUGAGCCAGACCACACUGGAUGAGGUCUUCAUCAAUUUUGCCAUGGGAAACAUUGGCAUGGAAACCAUACCGAUUCACAAUGAAGACCACUUCGAAGACCUGGACUCAAUUAAAGCUGUAAAAACAUAGACCUGAUCAUUCCAAAUUAAUAAAGUAAUUUAACCAAAUUUAAAUCUAUUUCUUAAAAGACUGAUCAAUUUAAGGUUAAAUGAACUGUUUCUAUAUCCCAACCUUUAAUUAUUUUAAAAAGCAUUACUUGCACUCUUAUUUACACAUGACUUGAAUAAGUUGAUAAACUGAUCAUGUGCUAUUUACUGCUUUUCUGUGUUUACUCCCGAUGUAACAGAUCACAAUAUUCAUGCAAUUAAAUUAUUCUUUUUGUGAUUGGGCAUCUAGAAUUGCUUUUCAAAGAUGGGUAUUCAUCAAUAUAAUUCUUAAAUGUACAAACAUAAUGUACAUAAUGGUGCAAUGCUUUGAUUGCAUGCCCCAAUGUAUCACAUUUUAAUAUCUAGAUAAAUAUAAUUGUCAGUACUAGGUGAUACUAAAAGGAAAUUAUUUGUACUCACUUUUUGAAAAACAUAUUUUUUCUACUUCUUAAACCCUCUAGGGAUAUAAUUGCUUUAUUAGCUCUUCUAAAUAUUAGCCAGUCUCUAUUUGAACACUUGACCUGUAAUCUUGGAUGUGUUGAUUAUUUUUUUUAAUCAA